AUGGAGCACGCGCAGGACGAGCUUAGCCUCGAGCUCACCCUGGCCGCCGCCGUCGUGGCGCCGGCGCCCGGCUUCUUCCUAUGCGUCUACUGCCACCGCAAGUUCCGCACCUCGCAGGCGCUCGGCGGCCACCAGAACGCGCACAAACAAGAGCGUGCCGAUAAGCGCCGCCGGGAGAUUGCCGCUGCUACCGCACACGCUUGGAAGCCGGGGAGGGCUGCUGGCGCUGCUUGGGUGUCCAAGGAGCCCGCAGCACCAGGCGCCACAGCACACAAGCGCAGCAGGAUCUCGUCGGAGCGCGACCACGAGCUCGACUUGUCCCUCAGGCUAUAA